AUGUCGCAGUCGCAGCCACCGCCGACCGUGACUCCCGCCGAGCGCAUUCGCGAACUGUUGGCCAUCAACGCCGAUGUGCCCGCCCUAUUGUCCAGCGCCGGAGGUGCCAUCAAUGCCUUGACCAAUCGCCCUCCGACUACUGCCUCGGCCGAUGGCGACGACAUAAUGGACGUGCAAAGCGACAACUCUCCAGCCGCUCACAAGGAAGCCUUCACCAAACACACGACAGCCUACUUCACAUACAUCCAAUCGAUCAUGGCUCGACUGCGCCGUCAAGCAUACGCUCUGGAGGAAGCAGGCAUCAUUGCUGCUGAGGCGCCUACGCUGAGUACCACGGGAGCGGCACCCGAGACUGCAGGUCUGGCGAGAAGAGGACCGGCUGGACAAUCACAGAGGCAGCCUGCUGAAGAUGGCGAUCGCAUUACCAAUGGCGGUCUGGGAAGCUUGGAUGUUGGCCUGCUGAACUCAAGAGGCAAUAGUGUCGGUCUGGACAAGGAAGCUGAGCUCAUUGCAGAGGCCAAGCAGAUGGUUGCUGGACUGCUGAAGGAGCGCCAAAAGGAUGCCUAG